AUGCUAUCAAAACCUUGCCACAUUAUAUACUGUAAUUUAUCAUUAAAUAAUAAUAUAUGUACGCCUCCUUAUAUCUCCCCAAAGCACCAAAUCCGUUCAGAAAUCGCAGGUAGAUUUGCGCCGAGGGAGUGCUUCAACAUCGCAUCUAUGGCCUCCGCCGCGUUCUCCAUCAGGAGGUACGCGGAGAGCAUGAGGGUCGAGGGAGCGGCGGAGGGUCGUCCUCCCUUGUACAUCGAGGAUCUGCCGCCUAUCAAGGCGCCGAGGUUCUCGUGGUGGGCGGACGAGCUCGCCUCCGCCGUGGCUGCUGCUGCUGCGGCUAAGCCGCCGAAAAAGCGGUCCAUCUCUGACCUCUUUGACCCAGCGCCAGCGUUGGACGUGCCUCCCGGCGGUGAUAGCGGAUGCAAGGAGCAAACGCAGGUGGACGGCGACGAGGCGCUGUGCACCAUCGUGAGGCAGGCAAAGGAGGAGAAGUGGAAGCGGAGACGGCUGGGGGAGGAGGCGGCCGCGACUGCAACGCCGGAGAACACCGGAGGGCGAGAGCCUGAGGGGAAUUUCGCGGCUACAAAGGACACACUUGAAAGUCCAAACUUGCCUGAUGGACUGGAUACUCAUCGAUCACAGAAACCUGAGACUUCACAGCAUCACAGAAAAGAGACAGAAAAUAUAUCUGAGGAGAUCAAUGAUGCGAAGAAGGCUGACACACAAAAGUGCAUUGAUAAUAAUAAAAAGUGCAUUCUAACGUACACAAGGCGCAAACAUGGCAAUUCGAAGGAGAAGGAGGUACUAGAACUCUGUCGCAAAUCACUGAACCAUGUCAACUUCUCGGAAGCAGAUGGUGUACUUGGCAGUAAGAUGCAUAGUUGUGAGCUACCUCAACAGCAAAGUCUGUGCAAACUGUUGUCGGAUGCUACUUCUUCAUCCACAUCUAUGGGAGAAGAAAAAUGUGUAGCUAUAGAAAGUAGUACUUCACAUAUGCCCAAGGAAGCAUUCACCAAAACUAAUGAAGCAAAUAAGCGAGACGAUCAUGAUGACUCUGCUGAGCUUAGUAACAAAGAGAUGUCUGCUCCAUUGAUUGAUCUGAAUAUGGCACCACCGGAAUGUACUUAUUUGGACUGCACCUAUGAUUCGAAUUUGGAGGUGCCCAAUCUUGAAAAUACACAUGGUGAAACUUUUAAUUCAGAGGCUGAAUUGCUUGAUCGCAGAGAAAACUGGAUGAAUUUGUCUUCCAAUUCACAGAAACCGGAAAACCAGCCACGUGCUGUUGACAUGGAAAGAGUAAGGAGUUCAAGAUCGGCAGACACAUUUUUGCAUGGAGAGGCAAACAAAGCUUAUGACGCGGAUGUUGUUGGUCCACCACUGAGCUUAAGAGAACUCGGUGAGACUAGUCCUUCUACGAGACAGACAGUUUGUUUGAUGGGCAAAGAUCUCGAAGUUUGCAUGACCAGAGGUGAACCGUUUACUGAGACUGCACAGAAACAUAAAGUAAAUUCUACCGGUACAAUUCAAGCUUCAACAUAUCAUUCAAGCACAAGCCAGGCACAGUUUGAAUACAUGACUCCACAUGAUUCCAGUAGCCUGUUUCCUACAGCACAUGUAUCUUCUGGAGAUCAACUAUCAUAUGAAAACAGGUAUGGUGAUUUUCCAAACUUGCAGACCAAUCAGCCUUUUCUAUUGGGGUGUCCACCUCCUCCCAGUUAUGGUGCAGCAUUCUAUCAGCUGAAUUCGCCGCCUUCUCGCGGUUAUUUCUCUGAUCCUAUCCCUGGGGCAGAACCACUGGCAGCACCAUUCUUGCCUAUAACCGGACAGCAUGGGGCACCAUCUUCAGUUUGCCAUGCCAAUUUGCCUCGGCAACAUAUUGUAGAUUCAACAAGCUCGUCUGUUUGCGUUCUUAACUCCGUGAGUUAUACACUCAGCCAUCCAGGCCAUGUAAUUCAAGAAGUUCCCAACAAUUCAUCGAGUGGUCGGGGUGUGCAGGAGAGAUCAGGACUGGUGAAGCUCACUCCCGGGGCGAAGCAUAUACUGGUGCCAAGCGAUAGCACGCAGGGCAACUCUGUGCCGGUGCACUCCUGUUUACCCUUUGGAAGUAGGAGCGGAAAUGCUGCAGGCUCUGGAAAUAAAGGAGCCUGA